AUGCGGCGCGGCAAAGGCCGCAAAGCGCCUGCCGCUGAUGAUGGUUGGGCUGUGGGAGAAGCAUUAAACUUGCUGCUGCCACCCACGAUGGAAGAGAAUGCGCCGAUGGAAGAGAAGCACCAUGGGGGUGAGGGCGAGGCGGAGGAGCCCAUGGUGGAUGAACCCAUGGAGGGGGAGGAGGAAGAGGAUAUGGUAAAAGAUGAAGAAGUAGAAGCUGCUGAUGACAAAGACAAGCCACGGCCUUCACAGAAGCGAGAAGAUGAAGACCAUGAAGGCCACGACAAGAGCUCCACGAAGGGCAAGAAGAACUGGAGCUGGAAGUCCAAAGGUGGCUGGGGCCGCGGCAAGGGCAAAGGAAAGUGGCACCAACAAGGACAUGGACGUGGUGCUAUUGGUGAAGGACGUGGUUGGUCCAGACCCCACUGGGCCCAGCAGAAGUGGAAGUCACAAGCUGGAUGCAGAAAAGGACAAGGCAAAGGAAAGUAUGACGACUACGGUGGGGAGUAUUGCGUGGGAGGAUAUCGCGAUGUGUCCGGGACCUUCUUUCCGUAUGGGCAAGGGCGAUCAAGGAAGCGGACGCCUGGCAAGCAGUCCCAAGCAGCUCAGAAGGGCAAGAGCUGGAAGGCACAAGGGGAACAAGAUCAAUGGACCUACGCAAUGAAAGCGGUCUGCCAGCUCAGUGAGGUUGCAAUGAAAGCAAUUGCACGGUCGGAAUAGUGGUGAC